UUGGGCAGGAGAUUCCUACUGAACGUCUUCAAGAAGGCAACUUAAAAAAAGCUCCUGAAACGUCGCUAUGGUUGAGUUGACAGAAGCCCAGCGUGGUGCUAUCGUUAACCUGUGGGGACAUCUGAGUCCAGAUGAAAUCGGACCUCAGGCUUUGGCCAGGCUUCUGAUUGUAUACCCAUGGACACAGAGAUACUUCGCUUCCUUUGGUAACAUAUCCAGCGCCGCGGCCAUUAUGGGGAACCCCAAAGUGGCGGCGCACGGUAAAGUCGUCGUGGGUGCUCUGGACAAAGGCGUGAAGAACCUGAACAACAUCAAGGGUACCUACGCUGCGCUGAGCACUAUCCACUCUGAAAAACUCCACGUGGAUCCCGACAACUUCAGGCUUCUUGCCGAGUGCUUCACCGUAUGUGUGGCCAUGAAGCUGGGACCCUCCGGCUUCAACGCUGAAACGCAGCACGCUUUGGCCAAGUUCUUGGCUGAAGUUGUGUCUGCUCUCGGCAAACAGUAUCAUUAGGCUAAUUAAGGAAAACGGCUCCAUGUAAGAACACCUUCGUGCACCAAGCUGUUGACCAAAUGAUAACUCUUGCUAACGAAUAAACGAUUUAAACACA